GUUUCAGAGGGAGGGUUGGGGGAGAGCAAAAAACGUUGAAUCUGAUGGAAUUGUCAAACGGAUUUUAAUGUAUUGCAGGGAUAUUUUCUUUCCCCUCCCCACAUCGUUCCUUGUCCCAACACAAUGAUUCGAGUUAAUUUCAAAUUCCUAUUAAACCAAAUGAGAAAUUCAACACGAGUUACUUCUGGUUUUGAAUAAUUAAUUAACGAAGUUUGAGUUGACAAUGGAAUUUCAAAAAUUGAAAUGGAAAUGACUGACAGACAGGUAAGUUGACUCUUCCUGCAAAUGAUUCCUGCCAGAAGAAUCACCAAUUCUUGGUUACCACUACAGUUUUAGUAUGGCCGUCUCAACGUCUACCAAUGGAGACCAUUGACUCUGUAAAUCUACUCUCUACACUAGUGUUUCCUUGCAGUACUGUUGUACAUUGUUCUCAGACAACAGUACAUCUUUCACUCAGCUCUCUACCAUCUCUUUGCUGGCAUAUUGACAAACGUAACUUAUGAAAAAAUAAAGAGAAAAAAAAAAAAAAUUAAUCAAAAAAAGCAACAACAACAAAAAAAAAACUGACAUGGUUGUGAAGAGGAAACAUUUUCUGCCAUGGUUAUAAAGAUGAGAGCUGCCCCGGGGCGAUCUUCUAUUUCAAUGAGAUUUCGUCCCCGGCGGAUGCUGCGUGUUCUACUGUUCGUCAUCAUCAUUCUGUUUGUGAUUGUUAACAUGCAUGUACUUAAUAACGUUCAGCCUGGGAGCCCUGGAAUGCUCGACGGCAGCAUGAUUGGACCGGGGAUGAAUUUACAGAACGGACAUGUCCAAGCUUGGAGCCAUUUACAUUUUAGCAAUGGAUCCGUCUACUGGUCAAGUCGAACCGGGUUGCUAAUCCCACCAAUGUCAUUAAACGCUACACUGCUAACCAAUAUGACUUUUGACGUGAGUAAUUUGACUCUGGCCAAGGCAGUCAUUCAGAACAUAAAUCGUGAGCAAUAUAUUCACAAUUUGGACAAAUUUGGACUUCAUUUACAUGCUGAUAGUGUUGUAAUAGUUAUACAAGCUCAUGACCGAGCCGAGUACCUGAAAAUGCUUUUGGAUUCUUUACGCAAUGUUCGGAAUAUUCACCAAGCCUUACUCAUCAUUAGCCAUGAUAUUUACUCUAAGGAACUUAACAACCUUGUCCUCACAAUAGACUUUUGCCCUGUUAUCCAGAUUUUCUUUCCUCAUUCAUUACAAUUAAACCCAUCACAGUUCCCUGGUGAACACCCUAAUGACUGCCCAAGGAAUGUCAAAAAAGCUGAAGCAAUAAAAUUAGAUUGUAAUAAUGCAGCCAGUCCUGACCGCUAUGGACAUUAUAGAGAAGCAAAAUAUUGCCAAACUAAGCACCAUUGGCUUUGGAAAUUAUCUUUUGUAUUUGAGGAAAUCCGAGUGAUGAAGAACUACGAAGGAAUAGUAUUACUUCUAGAAGAGGAUUAUUAUGUAUCAGAAGACACAAUCACCGUGUUACAGAUGUUACAAAACCUCAGGAAAAAAGACUGCAAAGAUUGUAGGAUACUUACAUUAGGAAAUUACGAUAAAACCCAAAACUAUGGACUGAAUGCCGGCAAGGUGGAAAUUGCUCGUUGGGUUUCAUCUAAACACAACAUGGGCAUGGCAUUUAUUCGCCAGAUGUGGUUAGAUAUUAAAAAAUGUGGUCUGGAAUUCUGCAACUUCGAUGAUUACAAUUGGGAUUGGACUUUGCAGCAUUUGAGUAUGAAGUGUAUCCCUGGUACUGUGAAGGUAAUGAAAAUGAAGGCCACUCGUGUAUUUCAUAUGGGAACAUGUGGUGUCCAUCACAAAGGAAAGGUUUGUAGCCCAGAAGCAAAAAAGAAAGCAGUUGAAAAACUAUUGCUUGAUAAUAAACAAAACUUCUUCCCCAACGUUAUCACAAUGGCUGGUGUUUCUGGCUUACGUCUACGCGAUCCGAAGCCAAACGGAGGCUGGGGAGACUACAGGGACAGACAACUGUGUUACAGUUUCAUCCAUAGAAACACUUCAGAAUUGAGUUUUAUUAAGAACCCUAAUAUCACAAGGUCUUAACGCUUCUCGGUUUUUGACAUAGAUUAAACAAAUUUCUUCUUUUUUUUUUUUUCCUUUUGUUUCAAAAUCUUGAUAACAUUGACCAAGCAAUCCAAUAAAUAACAUUUACUGUCUUGUCAUAAAUUGAAGAAGAAGAAGAAGAUGGAUGGAUGGAUGGAACCAAACCAUUUUGAUUCUACAAAAACAAAGGAAAAAAAUAAAAGAAACGACAAGACGUACAGCGUGAAAUGUGAUCUCAUCUAACUGACUCCAUUUAACAGUUAUGGUUGGUGCUACACAGUCGACACAACCAUUUCCCUACAAUUACAGAUACGGUAGAGACGAACAGACAGACGGACGGAAAGAAGGUGGCGUAGUCGUCUGAGAUGUCUCUGCCCUUACUAAAAAAAAAACAAAAACAAACUGAAUUAACAGGUUUGGUUUCCACUGCUGAACUAAAACGACCUGCUGGAAACUGGAGUGUUAAGAUCCUGUGAUGUAAUGUUAAAAAGAGAAAAAGGAAACAAAAACACACAACAAAAA